AUGAUAAACAACAUCAUUUUCAAAUUUAGGCAGUUCUUGGGUGAUCUUUGCUCUUAUGACCAAAAAAGUAAAGAGACGGUAAAGAGAAACUACCGCCCCGCCCGUCCCCGCCCCUCUUCCCGGACCAACCGCCCCCAACUGCGCGACCCGGCCAGGCCUUCCCCGGGCCGCGUGACCGGGUGGGCCCGCCCCUCCGCCCCCGCCGGGCGCCAGUCCCCGAGCCAGCGCGACCCCGGGCUCCCGCCCCUCGCGUCCCUAACCCCGCCCCUCCCCCCUCGGGCCGCGCCACCGCCUCCUCCCGCCCCCCACUCUUGUCCCUGCGGCGGCCGGGCGGGGCGGAGCCGCGGGGCGGGCAGCGGAGGGGGAGGCGCGGCCCGGGGUCCGCCCCACGGGGGACACCCGGGGCUCCGGGCUCCACGCGAGCCCCGACCGGGGCACUCAACCCGUCCCCACCCUGAGCCGCGGUGCCGGCCGCGCCUGUCCACUUGGGCCUCCGAGCCGGCGGCGGCGAACCCCCCCGCCCCUCCCCCGCCGAGCCCCCGCUGGGGGACGCCCCCUCCCCCGCCCGCGCAGCGCAGCUCGCGGCCUCCCCGCCUCCCGCCCCCGGGGAUCCCCUGCCGCCCCGCCCACCCGCGGGAAAGCCUCGGACCUUCGCCCUCCCUCCCCCGCGCCGCUCGGCCCGCGCUCCUCCCGUCGCCCCUAAAGACGCUAAACGUGCCCUACUCUGCCCCGGGGAGAGGUAAAGCCCGCGCCCGCCCUCCGCGUCCCGGGCCCCACGGUCCCGGGGGCCGCUCGCCCCGCCUUGCCGCCCGGCCCCCCGCCGCCCCCUCCCCGGCGGCGGCGGUCAUGCCGCGGCCCGGGGCGCCGGCGAGCGCGGCCGCCUCCCCCGCCCGGCGCCUGCGGCCCCCGCCCGCGCGCCCCGCACUUCCCCCCCGCCCCCCGGCCGGCUCCCCUGUUUAA